ACCUAUAUCUUAUUAUUAGUUGAAUUUUUUUUCAAUAGUUUGCAUUGUAUUAUUUAAUAUAAUUAGUAUUUAAACAAUCUAUGAUAUAUAAUUUUGAUUUUAAAUUAUUAACGAGAUAUAUUUGCUAAUAUGCUCAAAGUCUUAAUGAUCAUAUGUAGUGAGAUACAUAGAAUAACAAACCUAUAAAUUAUCAACAAACCAACUCAUAAGCUAUAAAUUGAUUCAUUAAAAGCUGCUAUUCGAGAUGACUUGUUAGACACUUUCUAGCCAGUCUAUAUCACAAGACGAGAUAGAUCACGAGGUUAGGGUAACAAAACAUAGAAUCAAGCUGGUUCACCAUCCUUGCGACCAAGAAAGACUUGCAUCAAACUUUACUUGUUAAUAAAUAAGUUGAAUCUCAAACAAUUUUUUUUUUUUUUUUUUUUGCGAUGAAUACAAAACUCCUACUAGAGUCCUAGUCACCAGGUUGGCUGGCUCAUUGGCAUACGGUGUUUUCAUUUCCAUUUCUUAGCAAGUGGAGAGGACAUGUACCAAGAAGCAAAAAGGAAAAAACAAAGAAUGAGGGAUAAAGAAGAAAGGGGUUAAAUCAGGAAUUGGUGAUUAUACUUUUGACUAGUUGUUUGGUAAUCCUAUUAUUGGGUUACCUAAACAAUAAAUCAGGAGCGGAAUUUAGGGAGAUGAAUUCCACAAUAAUAUUAAUUAAGUAAUUAUUUUAAAAAUCAGCAGUCAUUUAGGAUUUAGGCCCACUGGAGGGAAGGGUGUCCCAGGCAGGCAAGUCAUUCUUCUUUCUUCAUCAUUUUGCAUAGCCAUUGCAUUGCAGUUGCAGGCAGGCACACCCCGCGAGGGCCGCCUAGUGGACCCUGGAACUGGCCCAGCAUCCACCACCUCUGCCUCAUUAUUUCGUGUAUUUUUGUAAUAUAUUUUUCCAUGUAUUGUAUUUUUGCUCUCAUUAGACUAGGUAUAGUAGUUGUAUUAUUUAUUUGGGUGAUGUAUUCUGUAAUUAAGUAACCAAAAAAAAAAAGGAAGAAUUUUCUAAAAAGAAAUAAUAGAAAAGGCAUUUAUUGGGGAAGGGCGAUGGCCUCCUUUUUCUUCUCAAAAGAUAUAUAAAAGGAGAGGCGUAGAGGCGCCGGAAAGCGGGUCUUCCCAUCUCAGACUUUCUCUCUGAUUUCCUCGCUUCCCUGCGCUGCUCUGGCUCAAGCUCUGGCUCUGGCUGCGCGGUCUCCACUGAGUUCUCUCUGUACCGGGCCUUUCCAUUGACAAGUUCGAGGUCUCCCCUCCCCUCCCCUCCCCUCCCCUCCCUUAUUAAUACAUGGCUAAUUAACAACUCUUCCCUCGCUCACUGAACUGAAUCCAUCCGCUGCUGCAGGUUCAUCUGCUCCUCUCCGAUAACACUCUCACAGCCGCCAUCGACUCUCCCGCUUCUCGCUCCUAAUUAGGGCGAAGAUGGCGAAGAACAUCAGCCUGGAGGAAAUAAAAAACGAGACCGUGGAUCUGGAAAAGAUCCCUCUCGAGGAGGUGUUUGAGCAGCUGAAAUGUACCCGGGAAGGUUUGUCCUCCGACGAAGGGGCCAACAGGCUCCAGAUCUUCGGCCCGAACAAGCUCGAAGAGAAAAAGGAGAGCAAGGUUCUCAAGUUCUUGGGUUUCAUGUGGAAUCCGCUGUCAUGGGUUAUGGAAGCUGCUGCCAUUAUGGCAAUUGCCUUGGCAAAUGGCGGUGGAAAGCCACCAGAUUGGCAAGACUUUGUUGGUAUUAUCUGCUUGUUGGUAAUCAACUCCACCAUUAGUUUCAUCGAGGAAAACAAUGCUGGUAAUGCUGCUGCAGCUCUCAUGGCUGGUCUUGCCCCUAAGACCAAGGUUCUUAGAGAUGGUAAAUGGAGUGAACAGGAUGCUGCAGUCCUAGUUCCAGGAGACAUCAUUAGUAUCAAGUUGGGUGACAUCGUCCCUGCUGAUGCCCGCCUUCUUGAAGGUGAUCCCUUAAAGAUCGAUCAAUCAGCCCUCACAGGAGAAUCACUUCCUGUAACCAGGCACCCAGGUGAUGAGGUUUUCUCUGGCUCAACUUGCAAACAAGGAGAGCUCGAGGCUGUUGUUAUAGCAACUGGGGUCCACACAUUCUUCGGGAAGGCUGCACAUUUGGUGGAUAGUACCAAUCAAGUUGGACACUUCCAGCAAGUUCUAACUGCUAUUGGGAACUUCUGUAUCUGUUCCAUAGCAAUUGGAAUAGUCAUAGAGAUUGUUGUCAUGUACCCAAUUCAGCACCGUCCGUACAGGCAAGGAAUCGAUAACCUCCUUGUUCUCUUGAUCGGAGGUAUCCCUAUCGCUAUGCCCACAGUCUUAUCUGUCACAAUGGCUAUCGGAUCCCACAAGCUUUCUCAGCAGGGAGCUAUCACCAAACGUAUGACUGCCAUUGAGGAGAUGGCUGGCAUGGAUGUUCUGUGCAGUGACAAAACUGGAACCUUGACCCUCAACAAACUCAGCAUCGACAAAAACUUGAUUGAGGUGUUUAUUAAAGGUGUGGACAAGGAAUAUGUCAUCCUGAGUGCUGCCAGGGCUUCUAGGGUUGAGAAUCAGGAUGCUAUCGACGCUUGUAUGGUUAACAUGCUUGCUGACCCUAAGGAGGCAAGAGCAGGUAUUCGAGAAGUCCAUUUCCUCCCAUUUAAUCCUGUGGACAAAAGAACUGCUCUCACUUACAUCGACGAAUCCAAUGGAAAAUGGUACCGUGCAAGUAAAGGAGCUCCAGAGCAGAUCCUGGAGCUGUGCCACUCAAGUCAAGAUCUGAGGAGGAAAGUCCACUCUGUUAUUGAGAAAUUUGCUGAACGUGGGCUUCGGUCGUUAGGCGUUGCUAGGCAGGAGGUGCCAGAGAAAACAAAGGAAAGCCCUGGUGGUCCCUGGGAGUUUGUUGGCUUGUUGAACCUCUUCGAUCCUCCUAGACAUGACAGUGCUGAAACAAUCCGCCGAGCUCUUCAGCUUGGAGUGAAUGUCAAGAUGAUCACUGGUGAUCAACUCGCUAUUGGCAAAGAAACUGGACGAAGACUUGGGAUGGGAACAAAUAUGUAUCCAUCUGCUGCCCUGCUGGGUCAGGAUAAGGACUCAAACAUUGCUGCUAUUCCUGUUGAAGAGCUUAUCGAGAAGGCUGAUGGUUUUGCUGGGGUCUUCCCAGAGCACAAAUAUGAAAUUGUGAAGAAGUUACAAGAGAGGAAGCACAUUGUUGGGAUGACUGGUGAUGGUGUGAACGAUGCUCCUGCUUUGAAGAAGGCUGACAUUGGUAUAGCUGUCGCUGACGCUACAGAUGCUGCCCGAAGUGCUUCCGACAUUGUUCUUACAGAGCCUGGUCUGAGUGUUAUUAUUAGUGCAGUGCUGACUAGCAGAGCCAUUUUCCAGAGAAUGAAAAAUUACACUAUUUAUGCAGUCUCCAUCACUAUCCGUAUAGUGUUUGGUUUCAUGCUCAUUGCUCUGAUCUGGAAGUUUGAUUUCUCACCUUUCAUGGUUCUGAUCAUUGCCAUCCUCAACGAUGGUACGAUCAUGACAAUCUCAAAGGACAGAGUGAAGCCAUCCCCUCUGCCGGAUAGCUGGAAAUUGAAGGAAAUCUUUUGCACGGGAGUGGUGCUAGGUGGCUACAUGGCCUUGAUGACUGUCAUAUUCUUCUGGGCAAUGCAUAAGACAGACUUCUUCUCUGACAAAUUUGGAGUGAAGUCUAUCAGGGACAGCGAACAUGAGAUGAUGAGUGCGCUGUACCUUCAAGUGAGUAUAGUGAGCCAGGCACUCAUCUUCGUUACAAGGUCACGUAGCUGGUCAUUUGUGGAACGCCCUGGCUGGCUCCUAAUGAUUGCCUUCGCCCUUGCUCAACUGGUCGCAACUGUGCUGGCAGUCUAUGCAAACUGGAGUUUUGCGAGGAUUAAGGGGAUCGGGUGGGGAUGGGCCGGUGUGGUGUGGCUAUACAGCAUUGUGUUCUAUUUCCCGCUAGAUAUAAUGAAGUUCGCCAUCCGUUACAUCUUGAGUGGAAAGGCCUGGACCAACAUGCUAGAGAACAAGACAGCCUUCACGACAAAGAAGGAUUACGGAAAAGAAGAGAGGGAAGCGCAAUGGGCACUAGCUCAAAGGACGCUUCACGGGCUUCAGCCGCCACCGGAGAGCUCCGGUGGGAUCUUUAACGACAAGAGUAGCUACCGAGAACUGACAGAGAUAGCAGAGCAGGCCAAGAGGAGGGCUGAGGUUGCAAGGCUUAGGGAAUUGCUGACGCUGAAGGGACAUGUGGAGUCGGUGGUGAAGCUGAAGGGGUUGGAUAUUGACACCAUCCAACAGCAUUACACCGUUUAAUGACUGACUGACGAGUCGGCCAUCAAUGGUCGGUCUGGGAAGGGAAGAAGGAAGAGACGCAGGCGGCAACCAGAUAGCCAAGAGCAUUUGUAGUUUGUUUGUGAGAGAGGAGGAAGACAUCGACGAAUGACAUAACCCCGUAAUAAGAACAAAGAGGCAAAACAAACAUGUUUCCUUUUGCAUUGUAUCAAGUAAUUAAGACCAGAGAUUGUGAUGAAGAAAUUGGUCUCUGCUUUCCUAAGUUUAUGGGGUUCUUCUGCUGGAAAGGAGUAGUAGGUUAGGGCCUAUUAGUUCCUGCCUUGUUUCUUUUUCCUCCUUUUGGUUUGUUUCAUAUUAUCAUAAGAUAAAAUGGGGUAGCCGUGUGCGGAUUGGUGGGCUAUCUUUUCCCUUUUAUUCAGAAACAGCAGAUAGUGGGGUGCUGCUGCAGGUCUGGAGGGAUUCUCCUCCAUAGUGACUAUAGCUAUUUCAGAUUUUCAGAGUACUGUCUGUGUCAUCUCUCGUCUCAUUUGUGCCUCUUCUUUUUUGUGUGUGGAGUACAACGUAGUGUUCUACUUGCAUGUCUUUUUUUUUUUUUAUAUGAUGAUGAUGAAGAAGAAAAAGUAUUCUUUCUGCUUUCGUCAAUUCGCAGACUGAAUGAUGAUUGUGGUGGUAGGCGGAGAAAGGUUGAAGUCACAAUUACGGCUGGCUAUUUGGUCGCGGACUGUUUGGUUUUACCCGAAACCGGACCGUAUAACCGGGAUCGGGACCGACUGGGACCGGAUAGCUAACAAUGCAAUCUCAUAUUUGGGCUUAGAUUUUAGGUAAAAGACCGGAUAAGAGACUCCCAAGUCCCAACACCUAAAAUCAAGAUAAAAUUGGUCCGGACCGGGUCAAGACCUCACCAGAUCAAGACUGGACUGUAUCCAAUCCAAUCUUUGGCUCUUAUAUUCCCGAAAAGACUGGACUGGGACCGGAUCAAUCUGGUCCAAUUUAAUCGGACCAGACUGUAUAGCCACCCCUAGUCACAAUGUCACAUAUAAUAAUAUCCAUGGAAUACUCCCUUUUUUUUUCUUCUUCAUUCAAUGGUUUUCAGGUGAAUCAUCGAAUGCUGGUUCUCCUCUUGAAGUACAGAAAUGGUUCAAGCAGCGAAUAAUCGUUUUAAAAAAACCAAUCUUACUGCGCGAUAAAUUGCAUUAUAUCGGGUUGCAAGGCUAUAUAUUGCGAUAUACGUGAAAACAACGCAAUAAAUGGCUUAUAUAGCAUUAGAAAGUUUAAAUAUGGCAAAAAGUAGCAUUAUAUCAAGGUACAAAGUUCAAUAUCGAGAUAAAAUAUCAUUAUGUCGUGGUAUAAAGUUAAAUAUCGCGACAUGUAUAUUUAUAUCGCGAGAAACAAAUUUGUAUCGUGAUAAAAAUUUAAAUAUCGCGACAAUAUGUAAGAAACCGCGACAAAAAUAAAACAUCGUGAUAGGACAAAAAUAUCGCAUUUUUUGUAAAUCGUGAUACUAGGAUACAAAACGCGUGUAUGGCGAGUGAAACGCCGAAACGCGAAACAUUUCGGAUCCUGAAAACAAAAAGUGAAACGCGAUAAAUUGACGAGUAAUUGAAAUUGAUGAUAUUUAGCGCUAUGGAAAAAAUAUUCACGAUACUUUUUAUUCCGUGAUAUUUUGCAUGGAUCCCGGUAUAGUGCCACUGGAAAAUGACCGGAAAUAGUAGAAAUUUAUGCGCUUAAAAGAUGACAAAUGAUCCGAGAAGGUAUUUCAGAAAAGUGAGAGAAGAAAGAAGGAAAAAGAAACUGAGUAGAUCUGUUGAUUGUUAGCGGAAUAGGGAAAAGAAAGAAAUCAGAGUAGAGCCACCAACUGAGCCCAGAAACGCAAUCGAUCUGGAAGACGAGCUGGAAUAUAGUGAAUUUGAAUUUUUUUUUAAAAUGGCAUGUAUUAUUUCAUUUAAUUGGUUGAAAUAGUACAUGAAUUAGCAAUCUGUUGUGAAACCAAAAAGAUAGGGGGCCUAGAGGCCCAACAUUUUGUCUCACCCAACCACAUUUGGUAUGGGGCAUUAGGUGGACAGCCUGGUUGCUAAGCCGACCCGUGAAGUUCACUUGCACUAAGCCCAGUUCCUUCAAUCAAUCACAUAGCUCCCUACAAGCCACUCCCACCUCUGUCCUCCUUGUGAAGGUGUUGGACGAUAGUCAGACAAUCAGUCUCCUUUUCGCAGCUAACAAAUCCAUUCUCCACAGCCAAAUCCAACCCCCAUCUGAUCGCCAGGCAUUGACCAUCUUCGGUGACCAUUGGAUCCGGCUUCGACGAAGCAGAAAUUCUUAUCCUUGACUCGAACCACCAUCCCAAAAUUCGAUCCCUAGCCUUGGAAACAUGCAACAUCGACAUUUACCUUGAAACCAGACAACCGAGGAGGCUCCCACAAAUAUUCGCAUUUUCCCUGUUCGCCUGCCUGUGAUUGCUAAAGUUCAAGGUACUUUGUGAGCCAUCUUUCUGCCUUCCCCAUGAUUUCAAAACCAUCCAAUUUGUGUUUAUUCCAAAGUUGAUUGUUCCUCUCUUCCCAUAGCGCUACAAUAAAUUGACCGAUUAGAGCCUCAGGAGUCGCCUCUUAAAGCUCCGCCAUCCAGUGCUCACAGGUGAGUCCUUGACCCUUCUCGAAUAGACAAUUUAGCGAACUAGGUCUCCAGACCCUGCGAACCCACCCACACUCUUGAAAAAUACGCAAUUAUGACCCACAAAAUGGGCAUUCUUCACAGCCUUUUUUAAUUUUGUCCCAGAUAUUAGCUUCUGUAGGUAGGAUGUUCUUAAUCCACCUCCAAGCAAAACCUUCACUUUUGGUGGAAUGGACAAUCUCCAGAUCUGGUCCAAGUUAAUAGGUGUGUAGAUCUCAGCCUCUCCUUCUUCUUUCUUGUUCAUCAAGAAGCAAUAAGCAGAUGGCACAGUA